CACGGGCGCGCGGUAAUUUGAAUACAGCGGAGGAGAAACUGGCUCUGCCGAAGAGAGGUUGCGGGCUUGGAGACUCAGGAGUUCAGUUAAGAAGAUGUCAGCUUUUACUCUGAGAAAAAGGAAGCAGCCUUCUUUGAACUGUGACAACUUAUUAGACAUUCCAUCGAAGAAAUUAAUUUUGGACUCUGCUGAAAAUACAUUUCCAUCACCUGAUGAAAAUUACAGUGAUAACAAUGAAAAGAAGGUUCAUUGCUCUCAGCAAAGUCAUUUCCUUUCAAAUCCAUCCGAAACAACUAAAACCAGAUUGCCAUCUGCAAGUCAAGGUUCACCAUUUAAAUCUACUAUGUCUACUGUAUUCUUUUAUAAGAAAGAUAAGUGGUACCUCAACCCAUUAGAGAGAAAGCUGAUAAAAGAAAGUCGAUCCGCUUGUCUAAAAAGUAAUAAUGAAGACCAAUCUUUUCCUGUUGUGACAGAAAAAAUUCAGGGAAAACCAGUCUGCUCCAAGAGGACGAUUAAAAGGCCACAAAAGAGUUUAACUUCUAAAUGUCAACCAAAAUACAAAUGCAUCAAGCCUCAAUCAAAAAAUUCUAAAAGUUCCAAGCAAAAUCGAGUGGCCUAUAAGCCAAUUGUAGAGAAAGAGAAUAAUUACUAUUCAGCUCAAAAUAAUCUGAAUGCUCCUCGGGUUCUAAGCCAAAAAGUCAAACCACAAGUUACACUCCAGGGUGGAGCAGCAUUUUUUGUUAGAAAAAAGCCCUGUCUUAGAAAAUUGUCUCUGGAAAACAAGCCAUUACUGGACCUCACAGAAAAGAAUAUAUCAAAAGCGAUCAAAGAUUCUUAUGCAGAGACUGCAAGGCAAGUGCCAAAGUGCUUGUUACUAGAAAAAGAACCAAACAUUGAGUUGCUUCAUACAAGAAGUAAAAAUGAAGAGAAAUUAACAAAGGACUCAUUUGGUGGAGUAGUUUCUUUAAGAGAACGUAAACCUAAUGAAAAUGCGUGUUUUCCUUCAGAGGAUUCUCUCAGUAAAAACAAGGCGGUUUCUCCUGAGUCCAUUGUCUAUCCUAUCUUCAGUGUGUCUUCAGUCAAUACAAAAAGAUCUUUAGUUGAAGAACAGUCUUCUGUGGGAUCCGUCAUAUCUGCUAACUUGAAACAGAUCAACAUGCAGAAAAGUACUAAUGCCAGGGAUACAAAUAAAGAAACAGAAGACCAGCUCAUCAUUGAUGCAGGUCAGAAACAUUUUGGAACCACUGUGUGUAAGUCUUGUGGCAUGAUCUAUACUGCUUCCAACCCUGAAGAUGAACUGCAGCAUGUUAGGCAUCACCACAGAUUUCUGGAGGGAAUCAAAUACACAGGCUGGAAAAAAGAACGUGUUGUAGCAGAGUUUUGGGAUGGGAAAAUUGUGUUGGUUCUGCCACGUGAUCCAAGUUAUGCUAUCAGAAAGGUAGAAGAUGUCCAAGAACUUGUUGAUAAUGAAUUGGGUUUCCACCAAGUUGUUCCCAGAUGUCCAAACAAAACCAAGACUUUUCUCUUCGUAUCUGAUGAUAAGAAAGUAGUUGGGUGUUUAAUUGCAGAGCCCAUCAAACAGGCCUUCCGUGUCCUUUCUGAACCAACUGGUCCAGAAUCUGUAAGCUCUAAAGAAUGUCACCGGGCUUGGCAAUGUUCAGAUGUACCACAGCCUGCAGUAUGUGGAAUAAGUAGAAUCUGGGUCUUCAGGUUGAAACGGAGAAAGCGCAUCGCAAGACGAUUGGUAGAUACACUCAGGAACUGCUUCAUGUUUGGCUGUUUUCUCAGGACUGACGAAAUAGCAUUUUCUGACCCAACACCAGAUGGCAAGUUAUUUGCAACCAAAUACUGCAACACCCCUAAUUUCCUUGUAUACAAUUUUAAUAGUUGAGCCCAGUGUCUACUAUAGAACAGUUACUAUGUGGAUGGCUUCAGACACAUUUGUUAAAUGUGAACUAUUUAACAAAUAUCAAAACAAAAAUACUAAGAUGCACACAGAGACACAUAAACCUGUAUCAGCUUUGUUCCUUAUGAAUUAAAAAGUGAGAGAUAAAUUUGUUGAAAAUUAUCUGGGUAUUCAAAAAAAAUUCUGUCCAGCACUGGAAUCCUUAAUUAUGAAACUUUGUAGCUAUAACUGGAAAAUGACAUGCCUCCUACAUAAAAACAUUGACAAAACAAGGUGGUUUCCACAGAUAUGUGACCACUUAUCUUUUAUAAAGCAGACUUUGGCACCAGGAUUAUCUCAUGCUCAAUCAGAGGCAAAUAGCAAAAUUUAAAGACAGGCAAAUAAUUUCCAUGCCCUGCCUUUAAAGGUAAUUCCUGAAUUCUGUACACAAAAUUCUCACUUUAUAGGUGUUGGCUAGAGCAACUCAGUUUGAAAGUAUUUAGAAAGUGUCUUGAAUUUUUAAUUUUUAAGAGGACUCUCCCAUAUUUAUUGUAAAGAAUGAGUAAGAUUUCCAUAUCCUUUUAUGUAACACAAUUCUGUAGCUUAGGGUUUUAAUCCUUUUGAAAAACAUACCUGUCUUCACACUUAAUUACAGUUAAACAUAAUAGUUGCACUAUUGUCAUUUCAUGAAUUUCAGUGUGUGAAAAUGCUGAUUGUGCUACUCACCUUUAGUGCGCUUGUUACUGAGGAUCAGUGUCAUUAACAAAAUGGAUCCCCAGUUGGAUUAGAUGAUUCCUAUGGCUACAUUCUUUAAAUGUUUGAAUGUUUAAGAUACAUCUUGCUCUGAGAAGUCUGGCAAACGUUCUGACAAAGUGAAGAGUAAUAUAUAACUGAGGUUAGUAAAUAAAUGUAUCUAGCCUGAUGGGCCAGAGAAUGUAAUGACAUUAUAUAAAUACAGCUCAGUAUGCGCACAUUUUUCUAGUAUAAUUCUUGGAUACUUACUUUAAAGAACAAAGAAUUAUUCAUAUUGUUUUGAUUUUAAAAUUCAUAUAACUACUUAUCUGGCAAUAGGACUCUAGGGAAAUUUUCUGUGUUGUGACUCUGUAGAGUCAGUUCAUCUGCAUUCUUUUAUUUUCCUAUAAGUUACCAUGUUCCCCAAGUUUAGAAGCCUGGAUUCCAAAAAGAAUGUGGAAUUGUUGAAAUGUGUGUGAUUAUGCCAACAUUUUAAUGCUGUUUUCUGCACUGCUGUUUUUGUUUUAAAUAUUUUAUUUAAAAUUUUCUAUUAACAUUAUUUUGCUUGCUCAGUGCUUUGUGAUGAGUCAAUUAAAAUUCCUUUCAAUUGUC